CGUCUCCAGCUCGAGGGGACCGACUGCCGCUCGCGACGGGCUCCGCUCGCCUUUGUUAGCGAGGCACCGAGGGGAGACCGAGCCGCAUCCAUGCAGUAACGCACUUUUUUGGGGGAAAAUGAUCAUCUGUGCGAAUAAAAUGGAGUACCCCCUGAGAACCCAGUGCCAGCGAGCCCACAAACAGGUGACGGUGAGCGGUGAGAACGAGCGAGUGUCGCUGCUGUUCAUGAAGGCUCUGGUCAGCAGGGGGAGCGUGGACGCCGUGUCCCAGCAGAUGGCCUCGCACCCUCAAUACUUGGAGAGCUUCCUGCGCACACAGCACUAUAUCCUGCACAUGGACGGCCCCCUGCCACUGCCCUACCGCCACUACAUCGCCAUCAUGGCUGCGGCACAACAUCACUGCAACUACUUGGUGUACCUGCACUCAGCCCAGUUUCUGAGGGUGGGCGGGGACCCCCUGUGGCUGCAGGGUUUGGAGGCGGCGCCCCCUCGUCUUCGUCUCCUUGACCACAUCAACAAAGUGCUGGCCCACCAACCCUGGCUCACUGCCUGCUCACACAUCCAGACGCUCUUGAAGUCGGGCGAGCAGUGCUGGUCGCUGGCUGAGCUGGUGCAGGCUGUGGUGAUCCUGGCCCACUGCCACUCCCUCUGCAGCUUUGUGUUUGGAUGCGACACAGACAACGACUUAGUUCCUCUCUCCAAAUCUACCAACGGUGUCCCGCCGAUCUUCUGCCCCUUCGAUGCUGCCAACGGCAACGCCGAUGUGCCUCAGUCGCUCGCCACUCCCUCAGAACACAUACCACGAAGAAGGUCUCUGGACUCCAGUUGUGACAUGGUGUGUCUAAAGGAGAGGAUUCAGAAAUCCCAGGAAGAGCGUGAGAAGAGAGAAGAGCUUCUGCUACAGACGCAAACGGAUAUCGAAGAAGAGGAGGAGAUGAUGUGCUUCACAGACCCGACGCAUUUUAUCACAGACCCUGACUUGUGCUAUCAGGAGUUUGCUCGCAGAGAGCAGGAGCACUUUCAAGUAUUUAGAGUUCAGGACUAUUCAUGGGAGGACCACGGCUUCUCCUUAGUCAACCGAUUGUAUUCGGACAUCGGGCACCUCUUGGACGACCGAUUCCGGAGUGUGACGACUCUCCCCUCGAUGCAUAGCCCCGACCUGAAGAGGGCGAUCUGGAACUACAUCCAUUGUGUGUUAGGGAUACGGUAUGAUGACUAUGACUACGGAGAAGUGAAUCGGUUGCUGGAGCGGGAUUUAAAGAUGUCCAUCAAAGCUGUGGCUUGUUUUCCUGAUGCCACCAAAACCCCAGUGUGUCCGCUGAGUUUGGCUCCACUGAAACCUUCAGAGCGGAUACACGUUAAUUUACUAAUCAUGGAGGCCCGGCUGCAGGCCGAGCUGCUAUACGCUCUGAGAGCCAUCACUCAGUACAUGAUUGCCUAAGUGCUCGGAGAGGCACCAAGCUAAAACUCUCCACCGGUACAGAGAGACCCAGAGACGCGAGGAUGAAGACAUCUAGACCGCAGCCGGGGAGGUGGGACGAGAGCGGCACAUUUAAAGAGUUCCAUCAUUUAGAAGCUGUGCCUCCAUGAAUGUGCUUUUCUUUUUCUCUGAUUCAAUGUAUUUAUACCAUAGUGUGCCAUGCCCCCCCUCCUCCUGCGGAUGAUUCUGUUCUCUUAUCAAACAUCUCGGCUCUUCAACGUUAUGUGCAAUUAUUAGAGUUGUUUGAAUUGGUACAUGUUGUUUUGUGUUUCAACUCAGUCUGUGAGAAGCAGCUUGGCUGUAGCAGCGUGGUACUGACGGUGGUCCACGCUCUCGUUAGUUUCAUCCGUCUCCUUUGUAUUAACUAUGCUUUCCCACCCCAAAAUAUCUUUUUGUACAAGUUGAAUGUUUGCGGGAGACCAGGGCCUCUGUUGUGUUUUGGACAAUCCUUGUCAGUGUUGGAGGAGGAAUGUAAGUGGACCGUGACGGACGACAGAUUCUCUUUCCCUAACAUUUCGUAUUAAUGCUGGUCAAGAACAAACGCAUCAGUUACACUGCUGGAAGUAUCACAUCACUAUAAUUUCUUUUAAUAAGCACUUUUUUAAACUUUAUAUAUUUAGAAUAUAAGGUAGCUGAUUAGUAGACAUUGAGACGCACAGUGUGUAGGUCUGACGCCUUCUCCACUGUAUGACAUGCAACGAAGAUUUUUAGACUUUUCUUUUGUUCUCAGCCCCAGAUUUUAGUGAAGUAACUUGAUAUCCAGGAUAUUUCAGUGAAUUAUUGCCCUACUUGUUACUUUCAUGUCAGACACAAGGAUUUUGAAGGUAAUGAUGUUUUCUAAACAACAUAUUCACACCUCCAUAAAAACAUUUGUUAUAAAUACAAGUCAGUGAGCGGUUUCCUACAGUGAAGAUUAAGCUGAGCCAUUUGCUUCAUGAAUUUUGUGCUUUUAGUGUGGAUGUGCUUUAAAAGAGAUCAAAUCGGAGAUUACAGUCUCAAGGUCAUUAAAGAAACGCUACAGUAAAGUCAUUAGUUGGAUCGAUGAGAAGUGCCCAGUUGAGCUGCACUGGUCAUGAGUAGAGCAGAUCGUCAAGUCCACGGUACAUUUGGCGAGGCAGAACAAUGUGCAAACCAGUUGUUAAAACACUUGUAUUUUUUUUCUGUCUUUUUAAUUUGUUAUAGAUUUGUAAACGAUAGAGUACUUCUUUGUUUUGUUUCUGGGUGUGACAGUAGGACCUGCUUGUUGUGCUGCAUUCUGGGUAGAUGUAGGUGUAGAGGUGUGACUGACUGUUUAGAGUUAGUAACUGCAAAGAAACAAGCGCAUAUCGAGCAUACAAAGCAAACGGGCUGUUGAGGGAUGUGAUUACUGGAGGCUGAACGUGGGCUCAUGACGAGUUGGAAACUUGUGGCUUUUCCUGCAUGAAUGGGAGCUGAUUUUCUUGGUUUUGCUCAGCAUUGGUUCUGAUAAAUAUUACGGCUGUGAACGCCCGUGUUUUCUAUCAGACGGCUUCUACAACGCCCAGCAAUUCAGCUGAGCGCCUUUGACGCAGAUGGAUGUUAAAAUGUUAAAUGUGGGCAGAUUUUAAAAAACUGAUGUAUUCAAAAAAUAAAUAAAAGUGAAAAGGCCAAAAAAUGUUUUUUGAAAAUGUGAAGAAAUGUCUUCUAUAAAAAACAACUGCUGUCUGUCAACUGUUUUACUUCUACGGGAUACAAUGAACAAACCUACCAGUGGGUUGCAUGUUUAUUUUCUAUAUCACAUAACCCUUAUUUUAUAACCUAACUACUUCUCUUAAGCAAUCCCUCAGUUUUUAGACUUACCUCACAGGCAGCCAUCUUCAAUCACCUGAUUAUAUGGAAGUCCACCUGUUGAUUUGACUGAAUAAGCUAAUCACGUUCAUGUUUUGUUGAAAAAUAAAAAGCUUUCAACCCA